AUGCAAGGAAAGAGGAUAGAAGAGGCACUGCAGAUGUGUGGCACAAGGAAUGUUUUUGGUUGGGGGCGGUAUUUCGAACCUGAGCGCAAUAUGGUGGCGUACCAUUGCAUGCAAGCUGCUCACCGGAUCUCAUUACGUGGUGGUUGGGUCAGUUCGUGGGUGUUGCUGAAGACCAUCUUCCGAUGUGUCGGAGGCAGCAGCGCUGCAGCAGUUGGAAUGGGUGAAUCUCUACGCGCGACUCAUUCACUCAUUUCUCAUGGGGCGCUGGAGUGCCUCCAAGUUUUGAGGGGCGACACGGACGACUCCACACGCUUUCUACAGCUUUAUGACCGUGUUGAAAAACCUCUGCAAACAUUCACAAAUCCGUUUGUUGGCGUGAUCAGUCCACGCAUGCGAUAUACGACUUUCCCCGUGCGCCCCGGAUUCAAUGUCAACAGUAGGGAUGGCAAGAACUGUCAUGCCACAGUACAUGAUGAGGAACGUGGUGGGGAAAAGCUAGGACUGAGGACACAGAAUCGCCACGUUCGUGAGGGUGGAUAUUGGCGCACUUGCUUGUGCCAUCGCCCAAUCCAGUGGGUUGAGCAGUGCCUCUUAGCGCCGUGCACCAAGAAAGGGGUUUCUGGCGAUGUAUCUGGACUCCACUCCACAGGAACAAAUGCCAAAGCACUAGGAAUUGCACGUCCUACGGUAGCCCUCCAGUGUCCCCUGCAUCUCCAAGAGAAGCGCCCGAAAGAAUGUGACAACGACGAACAUCAGGCAAUAUCUAGGGACCGGGUCCAGCUCAUUUGUCCCGGCUAUUAG